AUUUCAAAAUUGAAGAAAAAUAAUAAAAAGUUUUCAUGGGUUUAAGAAGAAAAGCGUGAAAAAUGGUUUAAACGGUGGAAAUACGAGAAAAAUUCGCAAGUCAUAUUUGGAAGGUGAUAUGAGCUUAGUUCCCGCGUUAUCUUGACUGUUUCGACGAUAUCUACAACUUUCGCGUUCGGUUCGGAAGCUAAUUCUUUGAGGAAGGUCGUCAAAUUGGCAAAUUACUUGAGAUUUCGUAGUGAAAAAUAGUGCUGAAUGUAGGGUUUUGCGCCUCGGAAAAUUCAUAUCUCCUAAUCCGCUCGCCGGAUUCGCUUGAAAUUUUAACUGGAGCUCCGUGACAUCAGUACCAAGAUUUCAUAUGUUCAGUCCGAAGACCAACUAUGCACCAAAAACUCCCAGCAUUUUAAUGAUCGUCGCACGGUUUCGGUAAAAAAGUAUGUUUUCGAGUGUGUCGCACCGAGUUUGAAAAUUCAUAACUUCUUCGAUUUUUAUCGUAUGAAGCCCAUUCCGGUGGCAAUUUCUUGGAAAUUUCGUUAGCUUCGAUUCUUCGUCACACAUGCCAGGUCGGAUUCUGAGCCGAAGAUGAGGUUUUAUCGAGUUCUUUGAGCGGUACGCGCAAAAUUCUGCACAGUCGCGUUUGUUUGGACCGACGUUUCUCGUCAUUCAAACGCGCGUAUUUUCUUCGUCGCUUAUCCGUUUGAGGCGAUUCUCGCGGCUAUGAUCUACGAUUUUAGUCACCUUCGAGUGGACGUUGGUUUCGUUCCGAGAUUCAGAGCCGAACCGAGUUUCCUUAAAAACGAGCCAAAACAAGACGAACCGAGGGCAAUUUAGACAUUUCGCGUUGACAAUAUAUAAACAUUUUGCUCUUCACAAAUCAAAGGGGAACUCUCAUAAUUUCAACUCACCAAUUUUCACAAACAUAUUCUCUCAAUUCUCUCUCAAUUCUCUUGAAUCAAAACCACAAAUUACAUAAAACUUUCAUCAAUAUUCAUCAAAGUUCAUCAAGAUCAAGAACAUGGAUUGAAGAAUCAAGAUCGAAGUUCGGAUUUCUCUUCUUCUCUCCUCAUUGGAUCUUGCGCGCGCCUCCCUCUCUCUCACACUCCGGAUUUUGUUCGAGUUCGUCGCGUUCGUGUCGUGUUCGCGUUCAUAUCGUGUUCGUGUUCGUGCUUCGGUUGGAUCUUCAUUCGGUAAGCCUUGAACCAUUGAAUUAAGUGCUUAAUUGUUGAUUAUAUGUGAAUUCAAAUCUAGAUCUACUCCUUGUUCUUGAUUUAUGGAUGAUUGAUAAUGAUUGAUCGGUGAAUUUGCGUAUUUUUGUCCGAAUUGAUCGUGUUCAUGUAAAUUGUGAUUGGAUUUGAUGUUGAUUGAAUAUGAUUGAUAUCCGUUGAUGAUGAAUUGUGUUGUUCGUGUUCGGAUCCGUGAUUUGUUGUUGACUUUGUGUGCAUAAUUGUUGUUGAUAGUUUGUGUUGCUUGUGAUGUACUCCACGUGUUUGUAUAAAUGCAUGUGAUGCAAUGUUGCUUGAUAUUUGCUCUAUUUGACGAGUCGCACUUAGCAUAAUUGUUAACACGUGGAUUAUUUGAUGUGUGGAUGCAUGUAAAUUGUGUUGUUGAUGUUUGCUUGUGCUUAAUUGGUACGUUUUGGAUUGAGUGCGAAUGGCUCCAAGGCCUUUAAAAUGCUUAAAAAUCUGUUUUUACACGCCAGGAACCGGGUUGUCCCAGGCGGGAACCGGUUCCCACUAUAUCCAAAAAUGCUGUUUCUCUGGUUUUUAGUACCAGGAACCGGGUUGUCCCUAGGUGGGAACCGGUUCCUGGCUUGCUAAUUUUUGUGUUCUCUGCCUUUUUGUAUGGGGAACCGGGUUGUCCCUAGGGGGGAACCGGUUCCCAGCUUGCUUAUUUUCUCAUUCUCUGUGUUUUUGUACCAGGAACCGGGUUGUCCCUAGGUGGGAACCGGUUCCCAGUUUUCUGAAAUGUUCAUUCUCUGGUUUUUUGUAUGGGGAACCGGGUUGUCCUAUGCAGGAACCGGUUCCUGAGUGUUUUUUUUCAUAUUUCAUUUUCUAACUUCAAACUUUCGUAUCUUUUCACUCGUAACUCCGAUUUGUGCGUUCUUUAUAUCGUUGGAAAGCUUGUGAAACGUGCUAUCUCAUGAAAUGAUUGAUAUUGAUUGUUUGUCAAGUUCUCCAUGUUUGUUUUUCCUUUUCAUGUUGAUCGUUUAUCUUACAUUUACAUAAUUUGUCCGUUUCUUUUCGCUUUAUGCAAUAACGCAAUUCCGAUUGCGAUGUUUGUUAUCUCUAACCUGUGUGCUAGUGUGCAAGGCAUUUAGACGGUCGCCGAUUGAUACUCAUUGCUUGAGUGUUCCGCUUCACUUGCGGAAUACGAUUCUAUCUCAUUUACUCGUGACGUGUUCUCAUCCUGGAGACACGAUCCCAUAUUACUUUAUAUCUGCUUGUUUGGUUUGCUUGUUCCUCUUGCAGGUGUAUUGUGAUUGUGCUCGACAUACGAGUCGACAUUUGUGCGCUUUAUAAAUAAUCGGUGUGCUGAAUCGGUGUGCUGACUAUUUGCUUUUGCUUUGCUAGCUCGCUCGCGGGAUCCUUAGUUUCUUCGCUUCGUUUCUCCUCAUUUUACGGAUCAUCAUCCGUUUGGUAUUGAUUCCGUUUCAUUUUAUUAUUCCCGCACUUUAUCGCUUUCUCGCAUCAUCCUUUAACAUGAGAAGUAGGACUUAGACAUGCAUCUGGCCAAGUCCUCGAAAGAGGCUCUGUUUUUGUUGGUGUGUUUACAUUUGUGCUUUGCGGCAGGGAGUCACGGUGUAAUAAGACCUAUAUGGCACUCCGUUAAGUCCUCAUGGAAGGCAUGCGGUCAAGGGUCUGUAAUCAACCCCCGCCUAGUUUCAUCGAGUCCGUUCAGUAAGCGCACGCUACGCGUUGCCUGCUUCUGAACCAGCACAAGAUCUUGUUAUCGAGUAUGUCAGGAAAAGGGUCCAUGCAGCCGGACCCCCGCCUUUCUUAUAGCUCGCGUCGCUCGACGUUGAUGCUCGGUGUACGCACACACCGUUUUCCUUUACGAUCCGUGACGGCUUGGUUGCCGAGAGGGGUCCGCCCUCUUGUCUAUGGCCCGAUCAUUUUCACGAGGUCUAAUGCUUGGUUGACUUGGGUUGAGCUGCUCCCCUUGGCUAUGGCGGGACCGUUUUUCUACCAUUCGGUCAGUACCGUUGGUUUUGUUUGCUUUACGAGUGGAUGCUCGUUUGUGUGCUAUUUGUUUGCUUUUGCCCUUUUCCUCGUAGGUUGAUAGCUUAGCUUAGACUGAUACCCUUUGUAUGAUAACAUUAGGUAGCAAGCUUUCCCCCCUUAGCUUAAGUCUUCCUCAUGCAUUCUUUAAAACACAAACCACACUCUUUGAUUUUCUUUUCUUAAGAGCUUGUUAUUUCCGCUCCGUUCCCAGCAUAAGUCUCCAAAGGUCGAGCAGCGGAGUGUGAAUGUAACUUGUUCACUUAAAAAACACAAAACAAACAAAAUUAGUUAGCCGAGCUACGGUAGCUCUGAUUCUGCAAAACAGAUACGUAGGCAGCGGGGUAGGGCCCGUGCGAGCAUAAUCCUUUCUUUUCCCUACAUUCUGCAUUCAUUUUAGUCCAGAUUAGCGUAGAUUUGUUACACACCCAUAGAUUUAGACACAAGCGUGGAUACCAUCGAGUACGAUGGGCGCGUGGGGUGCUAACACCUUCCCCUCGCGUAACCGACUCCCUUACCCUUUUUCUCUGGUCGUGAGACCGUUGUUUUGUUUUGUGGUUUGCUGGCAUUCCCUUCCUUUUCAGGAUAAAUAUGUUAGUGGCGACUCUGUUAAUUUUCGCGGGGUAGCGACAACUGGCGACUCUGCUGGGGACGUCUUGACCUGUUGCUGGUCCGGACUCAGCGAGUCGAUCCUAGCGCUUGUGUGUUUAUCUUUGGGUGUUUUUACUGCUUUGCAUAUUUACCUGUUUGCAUUGCAUUCUAUGUGCGCUUUUACUUUUCUGCAUCAUAUUCUGGACUGUCUGGAUUUCUAUCUGUGGGUGGGUGUUUCAAGAGGUAAAAGGCCCAAUACCCAGGCUAUGAGUGAUACCAUAGGAACUAGGAAUAGAGUGGCCGUGACGGACAGAAGGCGUAUGCCUGAUUGAUCUGAGCACGUAUCCACGGGCAGAGCUUGGUGGAAUGAGGCAAUAUCGUAUGAUAGCGCCUACAUUCGAUCCUCUGUUGGCUUUUUUGACCUACCUUGGCCUAGAUUUACCCGUGAGUGGGGCGGGAAUCAAUUAUUGCUUAACAGGUACAUUGAUGGUGACUUUGGUUCUUGUUCGUGGGUUACCGCUGUUCUCGUUCGAGGGUUACUAUGGUUCAUGUUCGAGAGUUACUAUGGUUGUUGUUCGAGUGGUAAUCUAUGUUCUAUUCCAGUGUAUUGGUGACUAUAUGUUCUGGUUCCGAUGGUAACUUGUUCCGUUGGUGACUUGUGGUUUGUGUGGUGGUCCGAAACUAUACCGAACCUUUGAACUUGUGCCGUGUGAUUUCUCGGCAUCAUCAGAUAUGUCCAGUAUUGUGGUUCCCACCACUUUGCAUCAUUGCAUAUUUACUUUCCAAAAAAUGAUGUACAAAAAAAAUAACUAGCAUACUAGCAUGCAUGUUCCUUCCAUUUUCAAGGAAUCAUAUCUUUAAGCCUCGUGUCAAGCUCUUUCAUCUCUUGCUAAAAAUCAAAACAUGAGAAUUCCUUGGAAAUUGAAUGAACAUGGCAUUGCAUUCAUAUCAUGCAUCUCAUACAUUUAAUGCAUAACAGGUGUUUAGGAUUGAGGAUCUUUUAUUCAAACUUGGUACUCUCACCAGACUCAGAGACUUGAUUUGUUCUUGGUGUGUGUUCAAAGGUCAGUCAUGAAACAACUUUGUGGGGUGAUCAAGAAGAAAGCUUGGUUGGGGUUCUUUUCGAAGAUAGGUCUUAUUCUCAUUUGCUUCCAUGCUUGCUUUAUUUGCAACUGGUUAAGCUCCGCACUGUAUGGAUGUCUACAGAUUCUCUGUUUGAUGACAAUGACACUAGGUGUGAGUUCUAUUCUGGGGCACCUGAUAGUGCUGUGUCUUCCAAGGAUGUGGAGGAAUUAUUGAGAAUCAUCAGGAAGUCUGAUUACAAAGUUGUUGAGCAGUUGGGUCAGACCCAGUCAAAGAUUUCCAUCUUGCAACUGCUGAUGUGUUCAGAAGGUCAUAGAGAUGCUCUCUUGUGAAUUCUGAAUGGUGCUUACGUCCCGCAUGAAAUAUCUGUGAAUCAGCUAGAGGCGGUAGCCAAUAAUAUCUCCGCUGGGAACGGUUUGGGAUUUACGGAUUAUGAUCUUCCUCCAGAAGGGAGAAACCAUAACAAGGCUUUGCAUAUUUCGAUUGAGUGUAAGGGGACGACUUUGUCCCGUGUUUUGGUUGAUACUGGGUCUUCUUUGAACGUGCUUCCCAAAUCAGCUCUAAUGAGAAUUGACUAUGCCGGUGUGGAGUUAAGGCCUAGUGAAUUGGUAGUGCGCGCCUUUGAUGGUUCAAGGAGGUCUGUGUUCGGAGAGGUAGAUCUACCAAUCCAGAUUGGUACUCAGAUCUUUACUACAACCUUUUAUGUGAUGGAUAUUCAACCUGCUUACUGUUGUCUGUUGGGACGACCGUGGAUUCACAAGGCUGGUGCUGUGACAUCCACUCUUCAUCAGAAGUUGAAGUAUCCGGUUGACGGUAAAGUGGUGACAGUUUGUGGUGAAGAGGAUUACAUCGUGAGUCACUUGUCUUCUUUCCGGUAUGUGGAGAUCGAAGGUGAAAUACAUGAGACGCCAUUCCAAGCGUUUGAGGCUGUGAACGCUGUGAGAACUCCUCCUUAUGAGAUAACGAAGCCAGAAACGAUUAUGUCUUCUCUGAAAGACGCUCAGGUUGUUGUUGAGACUGGAAGAGUGGAAGGUUGGGGGCAAGUAAUUGACGUGCGUCCCAAAUUUGACAAGAAUGGUCUCGGUUUCAAUCCGGGGAAGCAGAAUGCAUCGCCCAAGCCUGAUAUCCUUAGCCCGAUCAAGUUUGUGAGUGGGGGUGUCAUUCGAGAUGGCCAGGUUAAUGCCAUUGUCAAUGGUGAAGAGGUGGAUAGUGACUGUGAUUUUGAUAGCUGGAUUCGUCCAAGUAUUCCUGGGGAGAUGCCUCGCAACUGGACAAUUGAAGAUGUCAUUCAAGUUACACAAGCUCAGGAAUGUUCCACUACCCCGGAUUUCAUUGGUAACAGUUCCGCUAUUGCUUAUUAUGAUUUUGACAAUCCGAUCUACCAAGCCGAGGAGGAAGCUUAUGAAGAUUGUGAUCUUCCCGACGAGUUGGCAAGAUUGUUGAAACAGGAAAAGAAAGCGAUUCAGCCGCAUCAAGAGGUAAUCGAGAUGGUAAAUGUUGGUACUAAAGAGCAGGUCCGAGAAGUCAAGAUAGGGGCUGCGCUUGAGAAUAGUGUGAAGCAGAGGCUUAUUGUUAUGUUGAAAGAGUAUGCGGACAUCUUUGCUUGGUCCUAUGAGGAUAUGCCUGGUCUCGAUACAGAUAUUGUAGUACACCGCCUGCCUCUCAAGGAAGAUAGUCCUCCUGUCAAACAGAAGCUUCGAAGGACUCGCCCAGACAUGUCUGAGAAGAUUAAGAAAGAGGUUGAGAAACAAUUUGAUGCUGGCUUUCUGCAAGUUGUGAAUUACCCGUCAUGGGUUGCGAAUAUUGUUCCUGUGCCUAAGAAGGACGGAAAGGUCAGGAUGUGUGUGGACUACAGAGAUCUUAAUAGGGCGAGUCCAAAGGAUGAUUUUCCUCUUCCUCACAUUGAUGUGUUGGUGGAUAAUACUGCUCCUUUCAAAGUGUUUUCCUUCAUGGAUGGCUUCUCUGGUUACAAUCAGAUCAAGAUGGCACCAGAAGACAUGGAGAAAACAACGUUUAUCACACCGUGGGGAACUUUCUGCUAUCAAGUUAUGCCUUUUGGGUUGAAAAACGCAGGGGCAACGUAUCAACGUGCCAUGGUGACUCUUUUUCAUGACAUGAUUCACAAAGAGAUUGAAGUGUAUGUUGACGACAUGAUUGCAAAGUCUCACACUGAAGAAGAGCACUUGGUUCACUUGCAGAAAUUGUUUGAAAGGCUUCGGGAAUUCAGACUGAGGUUGAAUCCGAACAAAUGCACUUUCGGAGUGCGAUCCGGAAAGUUGUUGGGCUUUGUUGUUAGUGGAAAAGGUAUUGAGGUCGGUCCUGCGAAAAUAAAAGCUAUACAAGAGAUGCCUGAGCCGAGAACAGAAAAAGAGGUUCGUGGUUUCUUAGGGAGAUUGAACUACAUUGCUAGAUUCAUCUCUCAUCUUACGGCCACUUGUGAACCAAUAUUCAAAUUACUAAGAAAAGAUCAGACGGCCAGGUGGAAUAAUGAUUGUCAAAAAGCAUUCGAAAAAGUGAAAAAGUAUUUGCAGGAACCUCCGAUACUAAUGCCUCCAGUUCCAGGAAGGCCUUUGAUUAUGUACCUCACAGUUCUUGAAAAUUCAAUGGGAUGUGUGCUGGGUCAACAUGACGAGUCUGGCCGAAAAGAGCAUGCAAUAUACUACCUUAGCAAAAAGUUUACCGACUGUGAAUCCCGAUACUCACUGCUCGAGAAAACUUGCCGUGCUUUGGUGUGGGCUGCUCGCCGGCUGAGGCAGUAUAUGUUGGUUCACACCACCUUACUGAUUUCCAAGAUGGAUCCUAUUAAGUAUGUCUUUGAGAAGCCCGCUCUUUCCGGAAGAGUAGCCAGGUGGCAAAUGAUUUUGACUGAAUAUGAUAUCCAGUAUACUACCCAGAAAGCUUUCAAAGGUAGUGUGUUGGCGGAUUAUCUUGCGCAUCAGCCGGUCGAAGAUUAUGAACCGAUGAAGUUUGAAUUCCCCGAUGAGGAUGUGUUGUACAUCAGAGAUUGUAACAUUCCCGGACCAGAGGAAGGACCCGAACCAGGAUCGCGAUGGACGCUCGUGUUCGAUGGUGCCUCUAAUGCACUCGGGAAUGGUGUUGGAGCUGUAAUUACUUCUCCAUCAGGUUUUCAUAUUCCAUUUACAGCCAGAAUCUGUUUUGAUUGCACUAAUAACAUGGCUGAAUAUGAAGCCUGCAUUUAUGGUAUCGAAGCUGCAAUUGAUUUGCGAAUCAAGUACUUGAAAGUUUAUGGGGAUUCCAAUCUUGUCAUUAGCCAGAUCAAUGGAGAUUGGGAAACUCGCCAUCAGAAUCUGAUUCCGUACAGGGAGCAUGUGAUGAGAAUCAUUCCGUAUUUUGAUGAGAUCACAUUCGAGCAUAUUUCUAGAGAAGAGAACAAUCUUGCUGAUGCUCUCGCUACCUUGGCUUCCAUGUUCAAAGUGAAAUGGGCCAAUGAAGCGCCUAACAUCACCAUCAACAGAUUGGACGAACCGGCAUUCUGCUUUGAGGCUGAUGUUGAACUGGAUGGAAAUCCCUGGUAUCAUGAUAUAAAAAAGUUCCUCGAAACUCAAGAGUAUCCUCCCGAAGCGUCGGUGACUGAUAAGAAGUUUCUGAGAAGGUUUGCAGCUAAGUUCUACCUCAACGGUGGUGUAUUGUACAAGAGGCAUCAUGACGGUGUGUUGCUCCGAUGUGUUGUUAAGGAAGAAGCUUCGAAAAUCAUAGAGGAAAUGCACGAAGGUGAGUUUGGUACCCAUUCAAGUGGGCAUACAAUGGCUAAGAAGAUCUUGAGGGCUGGUUAUUAUUGGUCCACUAUGGAAACUGAUUGUCAUAACCAUGUCAGAAUUUGUCACAAGUGCCAGAUCUAUGCUGAUAAAGUGCACGUGCCGCCUGUGCCUUUGAAUGUCUUGACUUCUCCGUGGCCUUUCGCAAUGUGGGGCAUUGAUAUGAUUGGAGAAAUUAAGCCUACUGCUUCCAAUGGACAUCGCUUCAUUUUGGUUGCCAUCGAUUACUUCACCAAGUGGGUUGAAGCCGCAUCUUAUGCGAAUGUUACCAAGCAAGUGAUUACUCGCUUUAUCAAGCACAACAUUAUCUGUCGUUAUGGGAUUCCUGAGAAAAUCAUUACUGAUAAUGGAUCAAAUCUCAAUAACAAGAUGAUGAAGGAGCUUUGUGAGUCCUUCAAGAUCAAGCAUCACAAUUCUUCUCCGUACCGUCCAAAGAUGAAUGGCGCUGUUGAAGCGGCCAACAAGAACAUUAAGAAGAUUGUGCAGAAGAUGGUAGUGACCUACCGAGAUUGGCACGAGAUGCUCCCUUUUGCUUUGCAUGGUUAUCGCACCUCUGUGCGUACAUCGACUGGGGCAACUCCUUUCUCACUUGUUUAUGGCAUGGAAGCGGUAUUGCCUGUUGAAGUUGAGAUUCCUUCCUUGAGGAUUAUGAAAGACGUCGAGCUUGACGAGUCAGAAUGGGUACAAAAUCGGAUGGAUCAGUUGAACCUCAUUGAUGAAAAACGCUUAGCGGCCAUCGGACAUGGUCAGGUGUACCAAAAGAAGAUGAGGAAAGCUUUUGACAAGCGGGUGCGACCCCAAAGCUACAAGCCAGGUGAUCUGGUACUCAAAAGAAUCAUUCUCCCUCAAGGCGAUCCUCGAGGCAAGUGGACUCCGACGUAUGAAGGCCCCUUUGUUGUGCAGAAAGUAUUCUCUGGCGGCGCCAUGAUGCUUGCAACAAUGGAUGGCGAGAACUUUCCGCACCCUGUGAACGCAGAUGUAGUCAAAAAAUACUUCGCAUAGACCUGAUAAAAAAAAAAGAAGAGAAGAAAAAAAAAAGAAAAAAAAGAAGAAAAGAAAAGAAAAAGAGAAAAGAAAAUGAAUCAGGCAAAAGAAUGAAAAAGAAACAAAUAUACCCGCUAAGUUGAAAACCCGAAAGGGCGGCUUAGGCAAAAAAGGGACAAAAGCGAACGACUACAUCUCGCAUGCCACCAUGGCAAUCACUCUUCAUACGUGCUUAGGGCUCCCGACCGAGGGAUAAGCAAGACUCCGUGUUCUUGAGUUUGCACCUGGCAACUCAAAUCCCUAAAGCAUUCUCCAAUUCCAAUCGUCGUGUUUAGGGCUCCCGACCGAGGGAUAAGCAAGACUCCGUGUUCUUGAGUUUGCACCUGGCAACUCAAAUCCCUAAAGCAUCCACCAAACCCCGUCGGGUCCACAAGUUCGGUGACAUUAUCAGAUCGGGCAGUGAUCAAUCCUAAUGAGUACGGUCUUCCAAAGCAAGGAGAUGAGAAUGUCGAGAUUAUAAAAGUGAUAGCGGGAUCGAAACUAAUGGAUAUCCGUUUCACAUUGCCAUUUCUCUUGUAUUCAAAAAUUGUGUGGUUACCUCUUACUAGGAACUACUUCUGAAAAUUGUAUGCCUUUCUUACGAGCGCUUUCGUUCUCAAUUAAUAAAGAUCUUUCUAUCUUAAACAGUUGUUUUCUUUUACUGUUUUGUUUGCAUAAAACGUCCUGAGUUUGUGUUAAACUUUGCAUAUGAAAGCUGCAUUGCUUUUACAAUACAUGAUUAGAAAUGAUAAAAAAACCUCGAAUUUGCUUCGAAGUCUUGUGUAACCAAGAUGCCAUGCUAUAUCUUGGGGCGUCUUCAUGUGUUUACCUCGCAGGUACCAUCCUUUCAAGUAUGAUAUGUCUGCGCGUUGGUGGAUCUAUCCAAACAGGAGGUUCUCACUCCCCAGCUAAGCACAUCUUAAUGAAAUUUCCUCAUUCUCUCCAGCUGAAUGCGCACGAAGGAGAUUUCUUCAUUUCAUAUCCUCAGCAAAGCACAUCUCAAUGCAAACUCCGUGUUUCAAAAGCCUUAUUCCCCGGUGGAAUAUCUUCUCCCCAAGUUGAAUCAUGAUUGAAUGGUAUCUGAUUCCCUAGUAAGCUCUUAAUGAGGUUCCUUGCCCGAGUUCCUCAUUCUCCCCAGUAGAGCGUUUCUCUCCCCAACAGAUUAACCUGUUUUCCCCAGGAGAGUCAUCUUAUUCCCCAGCGGACUGCUUCUCUCCCUAACAGGGUGACCUAUUUUCCCCACAAGAGUCAUCUUAUGCCCCAGUGGAGUUGUCUUAACAAAAGGUUCUUAUGCUAAGUUCCUUAUCCCCAGCGGAUUUCUCGUAUCCCUAGCGGAUCGAUAUGCGGAAGUAUUCGUCUUCCCCACUGAGUUCUCUCCUCAGCAGAGGUUCGCAUGCAUCCUCAGCAGAAUCUGCGUCCUUUAAGGAUUUCCCCAGCGGAAUACUUUAUCCCCUAGCAAGUCUGUCACUCCUCACCAGAGUUAUCUUCAUGAUUUGCUCUUAUCUCCACAUCCCCAGUGUGUCGAAGAUUGGCUUCCCCAGCAAGGUUCGCCAGGAUAUUCCCCGAGUUCAGUGGGAUGCUCUUAUCCUCAAGCAGGAUUCAUUCCCCAAGCAGAGCUCGCAUCCAGAUUUGAUCGUCUCUAGCAGAUUUCUGAUCCAUCUUUGCCAGCUCGCAGUUUGUGACUUCUGGUCACUCAUCUUGUCCUCCCCGCAGAGUUCCAUGCUCUCUCCAGGACUUCUUCAGCAAAUCAGUGCUCCUCCGCUGUUUCCCCAAGCAGCGUCUGAAUCAUGCAUCAUUUGCAUAGCAUUCUCAAAAGCGUGUAGCGUCUUCCUUCUCGGGAACGUUAUUCCAUACACAUUCAUACAUGCAUCAUGCAUAAAUCAUAUCAUGUCUGUCUCUUUCUGCAGGAAAGUUACCCAGAUUCAAAUGCCUCCUAGAGAGCAAUAUUCGCCUAGUCAUUACAGGCGCUUAUCCUGAUGUUUUGAAUCAGAAGAGGAUUGUUCUACUUAUUUUCUGGCACAGCUCAGAUCAGUUCAAAGACAUUCCUAUUCCCGAUGUCCCCAGAUCGGUGGAAGAUAUUUGUUCCUAUCCUGAUAUUCAGAUUAGUUGAAGGAACCGCCUCCGGAUCUCUAUAGAUCUUCCGAAGGAGCAAGCCCUCUGAUACAUCAGAUCAGUUGGAAAUAUCUACUCCCUGACGAUUUAGUUCGUUCAGAAGAAGAAACUCGUUUGCCCAGUCCUGAUGCUUAACCAUCAGUUGAAGACGUUUUCUUUACCCGGCGUACACAGUUCGGAAGAAACAUCCGUUCCUAUCCUAAUAUCCAGUUUCAGAUUAGUUGAAGGAACCGCCUCCGGAUCCCCAAGAUCUUACUAAGGAGCAAGCCACUGAUAUCAUCAGAUCAGAUGGAGAUGUUUGCCUGAUCGACUUUGUCUUUCAGAUGAAGAUUGUCCUACUUAUUUUCUAGCAUCAUGUCUAGAUCAGUUUAAAGGCAUUCUUUCCCCGGCGUACACAGUUCGGAAGAGAUAUUGUUCUUAUCCUGAUUACCAGUUCAGUUGAAAGAACCGCCUCCGGAUCCCCGUGGUCUUACGAAGGAGCUAGCCGCUAAUUCCCAGAUUAGUUGGAAUAUCUACCUGAUGAUUUAAUUGCAUCAGAAGAGAUGUCUGCCCAGAUUCCCAGAUCUUGAUUCCCAGAUCAGAGAUACCUAUUACCUGUUGAUAUCCAGAUCAACCGGUGUAUCUCCUUCGAUUCCCAGAUCGACUUAAGACAUCUAUCCCGAUGCAAGUUCGGAGACAUCUGCUACGUUUGAUACUCAGAUCAUUCGAGAUGUUCCUUCUCUUGAUAACCAGAUCAUUUGAAGUGUUGUCCCCUUCCUGUGGGUGCCCGUUCCUCCUUUUUCACAAGGUGGAGCAUAUUUAUUAUCCAGAUCAAUUGAAGUUUUUUCUCCUCGCUUGCGGGGUGGUACAUUCCUUCUCAUUGCAAGUUGGAAUCUUCUAUUGAUCAAGAGCGCAAAUUUUCGAGUUCAUUCCGGUAUUCAAUCUCCUUCCACCUCAACGGUUCGAAACUUUCGUUUCUCACUCGUCAGGUUCAAGAAGUUUGAAUAGGGGCAGCUGUUGCACCCCAAAAUUUGCCCUCUUUAUUUGAGCUAUAAGUUAAUAAUGACGUUUAUUUCGUCAUUUCAAAAUUGAAGAAAAAUAAUAAAGAGUUUUCAUGGGUUUAAGAAGAAAAGCGUGAAAAAUGGUUUAAACGGUGGAAAUACGAGAAAAAUUCGCAAGUCAUAUUUGGAAGGUGAUAUGAGCUUAGUUCCCACGUUAUCUUGACUGUUUCGACGAUAUCUACAACUUUCGCGUUCGGUUCGGAAGCUAAUUCUUUGAGGAAGGUCGUCAAAUUGGCAAAUUACUUGAGAUUUCGUAGUGAAAAAUAGUGCUGAAUGUAGGGUUUUGCGCCUCGGAAAAUUCAUAUCUCCUAAUCCGCUCGCCGGAUUCGCUUGAAAAUUUAACUGGAGCUCCGUGACAUCAUUACCAAGAUUUCAUAUGUUCAGUCCGAAGGCCAACUAUGCACCAAAAACUCCCAGCAUUUUAAUGAUCGUCGCACGGUUUCGGUAAAAAAGUAUGUUUUCGAGUGUGUCGCACCGAGUUUGAAAAUUCAUAACUUCUUCGAUUUUUAUCGUAUGAAGCCCAUUCCGGUGGCAUUUUCUUGGAAAUUUCGUUAGCUUCGAUUCUUCGUCACACAUGCCAGGUCGGAUUCUGAGCCGAAGAUGAGGUUUUAUCGAGUUCUUUGAGCGGUACGCGCAAAAUUCUGCACAGUCGCGUUUGUUUGGACCGACGUUUCUCGUCAUUCAAACGCGCGUAUUUUCUUCGUCGCUUAUCCGUUUGAGGCGAUUCUCACGGCUAUGAUCUACGAUUUUAGUCACCUUCGAGUGGACGUUGGUUUCGUUCUGAGAUUCAGAGCCGAACCGAGUUUCCUUAAAAACGAGCCAAAACAAGACGAACCGAGGGCAAUUUAGACAUUUCGCGUUGACAAUAUAUAAACAUUUUGCUCUUCACAAAUCAAAGGGGAACUCUCAUAAUUUCAACUCACCAAUUUUCACAAACAUAUUCUCUCAAUUCUCUCUCAAUUCUCUUGAAUCAAAACCACAAAUUACAUAAAACUUUCAUCAAUAUUCAUCAAAGUUCAUCAAGAUCAAGAACAUGGAUUGAAGAAUCAAGAUCGAAGUUCGGAUUUCUCUUCUUCUCUCCUCAUUGGAUCUUGCGCGCGCCUCCCUCUCUCUCACACUCCGGAUUUUGUUCGAGUUCGUCGCGUUCGUGUCGUGUUCGCGUUCAUAUCGUGUUCGUGUUCGUGCUUCGGUUGGAUCUUCAUUCGGUAAGCCUUGAACCAUUGAAUUAAGUGCUUAAUUGUUGAUUAUAUGUGAAUUCAAAUCUAGAUCUACUCCUUGUUCUUGAUUUAUGGAUGAUUGAUAAUGAUUGAUCGGUGAAUUUGCGUAUUUUUGUCCGAAUUGAUCGUGUUCAUGUAAAUUGUGAUUGGAUUUGAUGUUGAUUGAAUAUGAUUGAUAUCCGUUGAUGAUGAAUUGUGUUGUUCGUGUUCGGAUCCGUGAUUUGUUGUUGACUUUGUGUGCAUAAUUGUUGUUGAUAGUUUGUGUUGCUUGUGAUGUACUCCACGUGUUUGUAUAAAUGCAUGUGAUGCAAUGUUGCUUGAUAUUUGCUCUAUUUGACGAGUCGCACUUAGAAUAAUUGUUAACACGUGGAUUAUUUGAUGUGUGGAUGCAUGUAAAUUGUGUUGUUGAUGUUUGCUUGUGCUUAAUUGGUACGUUUUGGAUUGAGUGCGAAUGGCUCCAAGGCCUUUAAAAUGCUUAAAAAUCUGUUUUUACACACCAGGAACCGGGUUGUCCCAGGCGGGAACCGGUUCCCACUAUAUCCAAAAAUGCUGUUUCUCUGGUUUUUAGUACCAGGAACCGGGUUGUCCCUAGGUGGGAACCGGUUCCUGGCUUGCUAAUUUUUGUGUUCUCUGGCUUUUUGUAUGGGGAACCGGGUUGUCCCUAGGGGGGAACCGGUUCCCAGCUUGCUUAUUUUCUCAUUCUCUGUGUUUUUGUACCAGGAACCGGGUUGUCCCUAGGUGGGAACCGGUUCCCAGUUUUCUGAAAUGUUCAUUCUCUGGUUUUUUGUAUGGGGAACCGGGUUGUCCUAUGCAGGAACCGGUUCCUGAGUGUUUUUUUUCAUAUUUCAUUUUCUAACUUCAAACUUUCGUAUCUUUUCACUCGUAACUCCGAUUUGUGCGUUCUUUAUAUCGUUGGAAAGCUUGUGAAACGUGCUAUCUCAUGAGAUGAUUGAUAUUGAUUGUUUGUCAAGUUCUCCAUGUUUGUUUUUCCUUUUCAUGUUGAUCGUUUAUCUUACAUUUACAUAAUUUGUCCGUUUCUUUUCGCUUUAUGCAAUAACGCAAUUCCGAUUGCGAUGUUUGUUAUCUCUAACCUGUGUGCUAGUGUGCAAGGCAUUUAGACGGUCGCCGAUUGAUACUCAUUGCUUGAGUGUUCCGCUUCACUUGCGGAAUACGAUUCUAUCUCAUUUACUCGUGACGUGUUCUCAUCCUGGAGACACGAUCCCAUAUUACUUUAUAUCUGCUUGUUUGGUUUGCUUGUUCCUCUUGCAGGUGUAUUGUGAUUGUGCUCGACAUACGAGUCGACAUUUGUGCGCUUUAUAAAUAAUCGGUGUGCUGAAUCGGUGUGCUGACUAUUUGCUUUUGCUUUGCUAGCUCGCUCGCGGGAUCCUUAGUUUCUUCGCUUCGUUUCUCCUCAUUUUACGGAUCAUCAUCCGUUUGGUAUUGAUUCCGUUUCAUUUUAUUAUUCCCGCACUUUAUCGCUUUCUCGCAUCAUCCUUUAACAUGAGAAGUAGGACUUAGACAUGCAUCUGGCCAAGUCCUCGAAAGAGGCUCUGUUUUUGUUGGUGUGUUUACAUUUGUGCUUUGCGGCAGGGAGUCACGGUGUAAUAAGACCUAUAUGGCACUCCGUUAAGUCCUCAUGGAAGGCAUGCGGUCAAGGGUCUGUAAUCAACCCCCGCCUAGUUUCAUCGAGUCCGUUCAGUAAGCGCAUGCUACGCGUUGCCUGCUUCUGAACCAGCACAAGAUCUUGUUAUCGAGUAUGUCAGGAAAAGGGUCCAUGCAGCCGGACCCCCGCCUUUCUUAUAGCUCGCGUCGCUCGACGUUGAUGCUCGGUGUACGCACGCACCGUUUUCCUUUACGAUCCGUGACGGCUUGGUUGCCGAGAGGGGUCCGCCCUCUUGUCUAUGGCCCGAUCAUUUUCACGAGGUCUAAUGCAUGGUUGACUUGGGUUGAGCUGCUCCCCUUGGCUAUGGCGGGACCGUUUUUCUACCAUUCGGUCAGUACCGUUGGUUUUGUUUGCUUUACGAGUGGAUGCUCGUUUGUGUGCUAUUUGUUUGCUUUUGCCCUUUUCCUCGUAGGUUGAUAGCUUAGCUUAGACUGAUACCCUUUGUAUGAUAACAUUAGGUAGCAAGCUUUCACCCCUUAGCUUAAGUCUUCCUCAUGCAUUCUUUAAAACACAAACCACACUCUUUGAUUUUCUUUUCUUAAGAGCUUGUUAUUUCCGCUCCGUUCCCAGCAUAAGUCUCCAAAGGUCGAGCAGCGGAGUGUGAAUGUAACUUGUUCACUUAAAAAACACAAAACAAACAAAAUUAGUUAGCCGAGCUACGGUAGCUCUGAUUCUGCAAAACAGAUACGUAGGCAGCGGGGUAGGGCCCGUGCGAGCAUAAUCCUUUCUUUUCCCUACAUUCUGCAUUCAUUUUAGUCCAGAUUAGCGUAGAUUUGUUACACACCCAUAGAUUUAGACACAAGCGUGGAUACCAUCGAGUACGAUGGGCGCGUGGGGUGCUAACACCUUCCCCUCGCGUAACCGACUCCCUUACCCUUUUUCUCUGGUCGUGAGACCGUUGUUUUGUUUUGUGGUUUGCUGGCAUUCCCUUCCUUUUCAGGAUAAAUAUGUUAGUGGCGACUCUGUUAAUUUUCGCGGUAGCGACAAUGGUACCUGGACUCUGGAUGCUCACGACACAUGACAGGAAGAAGGUCUAUGUUCCAAGACCUGGUGCUUAAGUCUGGAGGAGAAGUCAAGUUUGGAGGAGAUCAGAAGGGCAAGAUAAUUGGCUCUGGAACUAUAAAGUCUGUUUGAUAAUUUUGCAGAUUGUGAUAUUGAUAUAUCAGAAGCUGCUGAGCCAAGAAGCAACGCAUCAGAAGCAGAGCUUCUCAGAAGCAAAGAAUCUGAAGAUCAAGUAUCAGCUUCUCUGGAGGAUCUAAGCAUUUCUGAAGAACCAUCUGUCAGAAGAUCAUCCAGACUCAUCUCUGGUCAUUCAGAAGAUGUCAUUCUUGGAAAGAAGGAUGAUCCAAUCAGAACAAGAGCAUUCCUUAAGAACAAUGCAGAUUGUCAAUUAGGUCUUGUAUCUUUGAUCGAGCCAACUUCUGUUGAUCAUGCUCUAGAAGAUCCAGACUGGAUAAUUGCUAUGCAAGAAGAAUUGAAUCAGUUUACAAGGAAUGAUGUUUGGGAUCUUGUUCCUAGACCAGAUGGAUUCAAUAUAAUUGGUACAAAGUGGGUCUUCAGAAACAAGCUCAGUGAGAAAGGUGAAGUGGUAAGGAACAAAGCCAGACUGGUGGCUCAGGGUUAUAGUCAGCAAGAAGGGAUUGACUAUACAGAAACCUUUGCACCAGUGGCCAGGUUAGAAUCUAUUCGUCUAUUAAUUUCAUUUGCCACUCAACAUAACAUCACUCUCUAUCAGAUGGAUGUUAAGAGUGCCUUUUUAAAUGGUUAUAUAGAUGAAGAAGUUUAUGUCCAUCAACCUCCUGGUUUUGAAGACUCUAUGUCUCCUAAUCAUGUUUUUUAAACUUAAGAAAUCAUUGUAUGGAUUGAAACAGGCUCCCAGAGCUUGUAUGAACGUUUAAGUUCUUUCCUUCUGGAUAAUGGUUUCACUAGAGGAAAAGUGGACACUACUCUCUUUUGUAAAACCUUUAAAAGGGAUAUUUUAAUUUGUCAAAUAUAUGUAGAUGAUAUUAUUUUUGGAACAUCUAAUGCUACACUUGGAAAGGAGUUUGCUGAGUCUAUGCAGGCUGAGUUUGAAAUGAGCAUGAUGGGAGAACUCAAGUAUUUCCUUGGAAUACAAAUAAAUCAAACAUCAGAAGGAACGUAUGUUCACCAAACCAAGUAUGUGAAGGAACUUCUGAAGAAGUUUAAUCUUCUAGACUGCAAAGAAGCCAAAACUCCUAUGCAUCCAACAUGCAUCCUAGGUAAGGAUGAGGUAAGUAAGAAGGUAGAUCAGAAGUUAUACAGAGGUAUGAUUGGAUCUCUUCUAUAUCUGACUGCUUCUAGACCUGACAUUCUGUUCAGUGUUUGUUUGUGUGCUAGAUUCCAAUCAGAUCCUAGAGAAUCUCAUUUAACUGCUGUUAAGAGAAUUCUAAGGUAUCUGAAAGGUACUACUAAUGUUGGCUUAGUUUACAGAAAAUCUAAAGAAUACAACUUAGUAGGAUUCUGCGAUGCUGACUAUGCUGGAGACAGAAUUGAAAGAAAAAGUACUUCAGGAAGUUGCCAAUUUCUUGGAAGUCAUUUGAUCUCUUGGUAUAGCAAGAAGCAAGCAACUAUUGCUCUAUCAACGACAAAAGCAGAAUAUGUCGCUGCUGCUGGUUGCAGUACACAGAUGCUCUGGAUGAAGAGUCAGCUGGAAGAUUAUCAGAUAUUUGAGAGUAACAUUCCUAUAUUCUGUGAUAAUACUUCUGCCAUAUGUUUAUCUAAGAAUCCUAUUCUUCAUUCAAAAGCUAAACAUAUUGAGAUUAAACAUCAUUUCAUAAGGGACUAUGUUCAGAAGGGUGUUAUUUCUUUAAACUUUGUUGAUACAGACCAUCAAUGGGCUGAUAUUUUUACAAAACCCCUGGCUGAAGAUAGGUUUAAGUUCAUUCUGAAGAACAUCAGUAUGGAUUUAUGCCCAGAAUGAGAAGAUGAGAAGUUCUUACGUAUGAGUAUCUUCUGAAAUGAAUGUGAAUUUUUUUAAAAAUCAGAAGUUCUGAUUGAAAUCUUUUAGAAGUUAUGAUUCGGUUAUUACUAACGUUUCAUUGUCUAAGUUGAUUCAGAACCUUUUUUAAAGCAAAACAGCUGUAACGUUUUAUCUCGGGAUGGUAAACCUGUCUUUACUGUUCAUGGAUAAGCGCGCGUGCAGUUGAAGGGACGCCGCCCAUAGGUAACUGUGCUAGUCACCUCAUUUGUCUUUAUUAUCUCUCCUCAUGUCACGUAACAUUAAAUGCUAUUCAUCAUUUGUUUCAUUUUAAAUACUCUUCAAACGUUUCUCCUUUCCUCUUACAGUUUCUCUAUUGUACUUUUUCAUUUUUUUUGUCUAUUUAAAUCCUCCGUUCUUUUGCAUUCCUCAUCAAGUUUUCUUCUCUCUCUCUUCUAUUUCCUUUCUUGCUCAAACAAAGUCUUUUAUUUUUCGCUUUAAAAAAUUCCUAGCUCAAACCUAGCGUUCAUCAUGAAUUCUCUCAACUCAAUGAGAACGGAUGGAAGGGUUACUCAGUUACCGGAUGUGAAGCAUAUCUUGGAAUGGCUCUCCAAGUCUCUUUCAAGACAGAUCUCUUCUUCAAUGCUGUUAUCAACAUUUAUCCAAAGGAAGAAGACCUUCUUGAGUCACUGGAGCCCGUUUGCAACAUUAGCUCCCUGUCUGUGAACUGUCCCUCACUUCCUCCCUGGUCUCUUGAAUCUCUUCUACAGUGGAGAUUCUAGUCUGAAAAGACAAGAAGACCCCAGGGAUUCUUGAUGGGUUGACACAGAUUGUGUCUUGCUAGGGUGUUGUUUUUAAUUUUUGUAGUCAUUUCCUCUUGGGGUGACUUUUUAUGUAUUUGCUAGGAAUGUUUCUCAUCUUGUUAAACAUAAGAACCUUUGUAAAAUCUGUUGAUUAUCAAUGAAAAGUUUCUUUGUUUUUUACAUUCCAGUGAUUUCAUUUGUCGUUUUAUACAUCUGAAUCUUUUGAAUAUUCUUUUUGAUGUUAUGACAAAAAGGGGGGGAAGAUAAAUGAUAAAUGAUUUGAUUAAUCUAUCAGUUGCUGGGUAAAACUCCCACACAUUUACUAACAAGAACUGCAAGUUCUAUAUGGUUUAAGUGUUUUGCAGGUAUAAAGAAGUGAAGAGAAUCUUCAAAGCAAACACAAGAAGCAAAACCAUGGAAACUGAAGCAAGCUGAGUGCUAUCAAGCUUCAGAAAUCAGAAGCACUGAGAAUAGAAUUUGAUCCAAACUUUGUCUAUUUGCUUUGACAAAAUUCUAUUUGCUCUGAUACAUUUUAUGUUCUGACUCGUUCAUGCUGACUUUUGUCGUUUAGUUUUUGUUCUGUAACAUUUCAGGAUGUAGAGAUGCUCUGAUGAUGCUCUGGUACAUUCAACAAUGUUCUGAUACAAAUCUAGCAUGAAGUGAUGUUGGAAGAAAUUCAAAGCUCUGAAGCUAUCCGAGGGAAGCAGAAAUCAGAAGCUGUGAAUGUUCUAAAGAUCCAGAAAACUCAAGUUCUGAAGCUGUCCUAGAUGGAAGCAGAAAUCAGAAGCUGUGAAUGUUCUGAAGAUCAAAGAAAUUCAAGUUCUGAAGCUGUCCUAGAUGGAAGCAGGAAUCAGAAGCUGGGAAUGUUCUGAAGAUCAAAGAAAUUCAAGUUCUGAAGCUGUCCUGAAUGGAAGCAGGAAUCAGAAGCUGUGAGUGUUCUAGGGAUCUAAAGAAAUUCAAGUUCUGAAGCUGUCCAAUGGAAGCAGAAGUCAGAAGCUAUGAAUUCUCUGAAGACAGAAGCUUAUGUGAUCGUCUCUACCGAAAUAAUCAGGGAAGUCUUUUAUUAAAGUUCUUCGAGUAUUUAUUUCAGGGGGAGAUUAUUUAUCUCAGGGGGAGAUUGUUAAUCUCAGGGGGAGACAUAUUCACAUGCUUAUGCUAUAGCUGUGUAAUUUGUCUUUUGCCGUCUGUUCUUUCUGAUCGCAAAUUCAUAUCAUUUAUAUAUGUUUUUGUCAUCAUCAAAAGGGGGAGAUUGUUAGAACAAGAUUUGUUCUGAUCAAUUAUCUUAGUUUUGAUGAUAACAAUAAUAUGAAUUUUGCUUAAGAUAAUAUGGUACUCUAAUCCAAUGCAAUUUCCUUUUCAGGAAAUAUAUAUAGAGUAUGCAUAAAUCAGCGCUCAGAAGCUUUGUCUCAAAUGGUUCAGCAUGCAACAUCAGAACAUGGUCUGGCAAGACAUCAGAAGAUGGUCGAAGCAGAAUCAGAACAUGGGUCUAUGGAAGCAUCAGAAGAACAAGAGAUCAGAAGCACUGAAGUUCUGAUGGUAUCACGCUCAGAAGCACUUCAAGGUCAGAAGAUCAGAAGAUGCUAUGCACCAAGCUGUUUGACUCUGAUGAUAAUCAAACGUUGUAUUCACAAACAUCAGAUCAGAAGAAAGUACAAGUGGCAGGCUACGCUGACUGACAAAAGGAACGUUAGAAGCUAUUAAAGGCAACGUCAGUAGACACAGCGUGAACAAGGCUCGAGGUAGUUGACAAAAGCGUAUAACAUUAAAUGCGAUGCUGUACGGAACACGCAAAGCAUUAAAUGCACUCAACGGUCAUCUUCUCAAACGCCUAUAUAUAUGAAGUUCUGAUGAGAAGCAAGGUUAACGAUUCUGCACCAAAAACAACUCAUAUCAACUUGCUGAAACUCUGUUCAAAUCAAAACUCAGAAUCUUCAUCUUCAUCAAAGCUCACUACAUUGCUGUUGUAAUAUCUUAGUGAGAUUAAGCUUAAACUUUAAGAGAAAUAUCACUGUUGUGAUUAUAGCUUUUUAGAAGCAUUGUAAAACUCUUAGAAAGAUUACAUUAAGUUGUAAGGAACUAGAGUGAUCAAGUGUUGAUCAGGAUACUCUAGGAAGUCUUAGCUUGUGUCUAAGCAGUUGUAAUUAGAGUGAUCACGUGGUGGUCAGGAUACUCUAAGAAAGUCUUAGCUUGUGUCUAAGCAGUUGUUCCUGGAGUGAUCAGGUUGUGAUCAGGAUACUCUAGAAGACUUAGUUGCGGACUAAGUGGAAAACCAUUGUAAUCCGUGCGAUUAGUGGAUUAAAUCCUCAGUUGAGGUAAAUCAUCUCUGCGGGGGUGGACUGGAGUAGUUUAGUUAACAACGAACCAGGAUAAAAAUAACUGUGCAAUUUAUUUUUAUCUGUCAAGUUUUUAAAACUACACUUAUUCAAACCCCCCUUUCUAAGUGUUUUUCUAUCCUUCAAUUACGCUGGACAUAAUUCCGUAAAAAUUCUAAGCAAACACAUCAUGUGCAGGUGAGCAACGUGGUAUUUUUGAAACCAUCAUGCAAGCCGUCGAGAAACAAAGAGGGGGGUGUUUUUUUUGCAUGGUUAUGGAGGUACCAGCAAGACUUUCAUGUGGAGAACACUGUCAAGUGCACUCCGUUCCGAAAGAAAAAUAUGUAUUACUGUUGCUUCAAGUGGCAUAGCUUCAUUAUUAUUACCAGGUGGAAGAACUGCCCAUUCAAAGUUCAAAAUUCCAGUUCCGACUCUUGACAACUCUACGUGCAAUAUUGACAAGAAUACCGAGCAUGCACAGUUACUUCAAGCAACUGAUGUGAUCAUAUGGGAUGAAGCACCCAUGGCACAUAAAAAUUGCUUUGAGGCAUUAGACAAAACACUUAAAGACCUCAUGAAUCAGAAUGGUCGGUCGGGAAGAAUAUUUGGAGGCAAAGUUGUUGUAUUCGGCCGAGAUUUCCGGCAUAUUCUUCUUGUUGUUCCAAGAGCUUCCCGUUCAGAUAUUGUGCAUGCAUCAAUAUUCUCAUCUUAUGUGUGGGAUCACUGCAAGGUCCUGACUCUAACCAGAAAUAUGAGGCUUAGGAAUGAUAAAGGCAAUAAGAACAGCCGUGAUAUUGCAUAAUUCUCGAAAUGGAUACUGGAUGUCGGCGAUGGUAGGCUAUCUGAACCAAACGAUGGAUUGGCCGAUAUAGAUAUCCCUCAGGAGUUACUAAUUACAGAUUUUGAAGAUCCCAUACAAGCCAUCAUUGAAAGCACGUACCCGAAUUUGUUGCAAAAUCAUACCCGUCCUGAUUAUUUGCAAGGCAAAGCAAUUCUUGCAUCAACAAUUGAAGUUGUUGACAAAAUCAACCAUUAUAUUUUGAACCUAAUUCCAGGUACAUAUCAUUAACAUAUCGCAUUAAUGUUCAGAUUGGUCAAAUAUUUUUAUGUAUAAGAUGUUUUUCAUUAUCCGACGUUAUAAUGAUAUUUUUCUCUAUCUUUAGGGGAAGAAAAGGAAUAUUUGAGUUUUGACGAGAUAGACAAGACCGAUGCGACAUACACUGAAGCUUAUGAAGUUCUAACACCAAAAUUUUUGAGUAAUCUAAGAACAUUCGGUCUACCGAAUCACAUUCUCAAAUUGAAGGUUGGUACACCAAUUAUGUUGAUGAGAAAUUUAGACCAAUCUCAAGGAUUGUGCAAUGGCACAAGACUUAUUGUUACAAGGUUGGCCAAUCAUGUCAUUGAAGCAAGAAUUAUUUCUGGCAAAAAUAUAGGUAACCUCUUUUACAUUCCUCGAAUGUCUAUGUCGCCUUCAGAGUCUCCUUGGCCAUUUAAGUUAAUUAGACGACAAUUUCCAAUAAUUGUCUCUUAUGCUAUGACAAUUAAUAAAUCACAAGGUCAAUCUCUUGAUACCGUCGGACUAUAUUUGCCUACUCCGGUCUUUAGUCAUGGUCAAUUAUAUGUUGCCAUAUCUAGAGUUACCAACAAAAACGGUUUAAAGAUAUUGAUUCAUGACAACGACAAUGUUCCGCUGUCGACGACUACAAACGUCGUGUACAAGGAAGUUUUUCAAUCACUUUGUUAACUGGUUGAAGGCGAAGUCAACAAAACAUGUCACCAGCCACCGCCCACCCUGAUUAAAAGCACAUGAAUUUUUAUUUUAUUUAUUGAAUGGUAGAGAAAAUUGUGUUAAUUUCAUUGUUGUGUUUGUUUGUAUUUUAUGUACAGUGUGAAA